GAAUCAGCAAAUAUUCGUGGAGUACCUGCUUUUAAAUGGAAUAAUAAUAGUACACAAUUGAUUGUUUCCAAUUAUGGAUCUACUGUUGAGAUGAUGAAACCCAACAAUACAAAACAAAAACCUCCCCCAAAUCUGCAUAAUUCUGAGAAUAAAUAUACAAUAUAA